AUGGCCCACCUCCGCAGCGGCGCCUCCGGCUACGGCAUCGGCCAGCCCAGCCCCUUUGGCGGCGCCUCACAAAACAACGGCGACGGCUCCGGUGGCAGCGCCCUCGAUACCAUCCGCCAGCAGACGAGCAAGCUCGAGGACCUGCUGGACACCUACUCGGAGCCCGUCAAGCCCUACCUGCCGGCCAUUGGCCGUUUCCUGAUCGUCGUCACCUUUCUGGAAGACGCCCUCCGCAUCGUCACCCAGUUCAGCGACCAGCUGCGCUACCUCCAGGACUACCGCCACAUCCCCUGGGGCCUGACUCACAUCUUCUUGAUCGCCAACGUCCUGGCCAUGGUCUCGUGCUCCGCCCUCGUCAUUGCCCGCCGCUACUCCGUCUACGCCGUCGGCGGCCUCAUCGGCGUCGUCGUGUCGCAGGCCUUUGGCUACGGCCUCAUCUUCGACCUCAACUUCUUCCUCCGCAACCUCUCCGUCAUGGGCGGCCUGCUCAUGGUCCUGUCCGACUCGUGGAUCCGCAAGACCCAGGCCUUUGCCGGCCUGCCCCAGCUCGAGGAGAAGGACCGCAAAAUGUACUUUCAGCUGGCCGGCCGCGUCCUCCUGAUCUUCCUCUUCAUCGGCUUUGUCUUCAGCGGCGAGUGGACCCUCGGCCGCAUCUUUGUCUCGCUGCUCGGCCUCGUCGCCUGUGUCAUGGUCGUCGUCGGCUUCAAGGCCAAGGCCAGCGCCACCCUGCUCGUCGUCAUCCUCAGCAUCUUCAACGUGCUGGUCAACAACUUUUGGACGCUCCACGAGCACCACCCGCACAAGGACUUUGCCAAGUACGACUUCUUCCAGAUCCUGUCUAUCGUCGGCGGUCUGCUCCUGCUUGUCAACAGCGGCCCCGGAAAGGUCUCGUUUGACGAGAAGAAGAAGGUCUACUAG